CAUCUUCCAUCGCAACAUCACUACCUACCAGUAAUUCAUCUCAUAAUAAAUCUAUUUCAUCAUGGGUAAAGUCGCUGUCGCUGGUGGCUCGUCCGGUUUGGGCCGGACAAUGGUUGAUGCCCUCGAGGCAGCCAAGACUCACGACUACAUCAUCCUUUCGCGAAAGGCUACUGGUCCGGAGACGCGGGCUGUCGACUACUCCGAUGUAAAUUCUUUGACUUCGCUUCUUGAGUCUGAGCAGGUCGGCACGGUUAUAUCCAUGCUUCCGAUCGACAAUGAUGAGAGCGGACAAGCUCAGCUGAACCUCAUCGCAGCGGCUGAGAGAUCAACCUGUACUAAGCGAUUCUUGCCGAGUGAGUUCGGAAUGGUCUACACCAAAGACAACAUCACCCAUGUCCCUUCCUACCAAUGGAAGCUCAAAGCAGUAGACGCCCUUGAAAAAACCAACCUCGAGUUCUCCCUCGUCUCAAUCGGUCUAUUUCUAGACUACUGGGCCGCCCCACGUAUACCGACCCACAUCCGCGCUGCAAACAUAAUAAUCGACCCGGAAAACAAUGCAGCAGUAAUUCCAGGCGAUGGAAACACUCCCGUCGUCUUCACUCACUCUACAGACGCAGCAAAGUUUACCGUUGCUCUUCUCGAUCUUCCAGACUGGAAGCGCAGAUACGCCAUCAUCACAAACCGCAUGACUCUUAACGAAGCCGUCAGAUUGGCCGAGGAGGUUAAGGGCGUCAAGUUUGAUGUUAAGUAUUUCUCUGUCGAGCAGAUGAAGAGGGGUGAGAAUGAUCUUACACCGAGUAUGAAGAAGGCAUUGCCGGAGGAGAUGCACGGUGGCAUGGAAACCAUGUUGGCUUUGUCAGGUAUUGGGAUGGCUACAGGUUCGAAUGAUAUUCAGGGGAUUGAUGAUCUGGUGGUCAAGUUUCCAGACAUCAAGCCGAUUACUGUGAGGGACGUCUGGGAAGCGUGGAAAUAGAGGUAGAACAGUGACAAUUCAUUAUGGAAGUGAUAGAGUAUCUAGUAUGCGAAUAUCCAUAUAGAG